GCCCUCUAGACUCCACAAACGUUUGCCAUGAACGCUCUGAUUCCUCUGACCUGCCUCGCCAUUGUAGCUUGCGCCGCAGCUGGCGGUUUGGGAGGUUAUGGCAUUGGAUACGGAGGUGGCUACGGAUUAGGCUAUGGUGGCCUUGGCAACGGUGGAGGACUUGGUGGAGCAGGCAUCGGCAGCAGCGUGGUUCUUCUCAGAGGCGGUCCUGGUUUCGGAAAAUCAGUGACGGGGCCAGCCUUCCUUGUGCGUACUGUGCACCACGUUAAUAAAAUCCACGGUGGAGGUGCCAUCGUUGCCCACUCCGGGCUCGGAGCGGUUGGCGGUGGUCUUGGAUACGGAGGUGGCCUGGGAUAUGGUGGUGGUCUUGGCUACGGUGGACUCGGUUACGGAGGUCUCGGGUACGGAAGUGGUCUGAAGUACGGAGGAUAUGGUCUGAAAGGAUAGACUUCAUGUGACCAUUUGAGAAUACACGACGAUAAAAGCUUGACAAGAUGCGGAAUAUCAGUGAAGGCUUUGGACACCUGGUGUUUUCUGUUGUAAAGCAUAUGUAAAUAAACACAGUGUUGAUAUGA